GUUGCAAUAACUGAAUUUUUCCACAUUAGUCUUCGACAUGUACGUUACCGAACAUUCGGGUUACAGAGAUUUUGUGUGGGCAAUUGAACUGAAUCGACUCGGUUUGGAACUGAUCGGUUUAUGGCCAAGGACCAAUGAGACAGUUAAGAAUACCUUCGUUUCUGAUCUUCGUGUGGGCAUGAUUUUCUUUGUAAUAACUUUCCUAUCCAUUAUUCCUCUUUUAUGCUCCUUUGUACAAGUUUGGGGCAACAUGAUACUUAUGAUAGACAACCUCCAAGUUACUUUACCUUUAAUAGUGGUUUCGCUGAAACUUGUCAUCAUACGAUGGAAGCGUACAGCUGUUGUACUUCUCGUAAAUAUGAUGGCGGAAGAUUGGAUGAAAUUAAAGAUAGACUCAGAAAGAGACGUGAUGAUAAGACGAGCGCGAGCGGCGCGAUUGAUCGUAAUCUGUGGAUAUUUUUUGAUGAUAUUCGUAUUCGUCGUGCUCAUCGUUCUUCCUUCUUUCGGUCUACACUUCAGAUAUAUAACAAAUCUUACGAAUCAGGAAAGACUGUUACCAUUUCAGGCAUAUUACUUCUAUAACACAGAUAGAAGUCCACAAUUUGAACUUGCGUUUGUGAUUCAAGCUACGACGAUGUUUGUAGGCGCAAUAACUUAUACCUCGGUAGAUGCCUUUCUUGGACUUACGAUCCUUCACAUCUGUGGCCAAUUGGAGAAUUUCAAAUAUCGAUUAGACAAUUUGGUAUCGUGCAAGGAUUUCGAUAGCACUCUGCGCAUUAACGUAGAGACUCAUUUACGGAUAAUAAGAUUUGCCAGUAAGAUUGAAGAUAUAUUCACUUUAAUGAUGUUGGGACUAGUAUUUUAUUUUGGUAUUUUAUUUUGUCUAUUUGGAUUUCUAUUGGUUACUGUGAUUAAUGGAGACGAGAUAGGUGACAUAUCUCCUUCACGAGUAUGCUUUUUGGUGAUUGGAAUCUUUACUCUAUUGGCGCAUACAUUGCUUUAUUGUGGUGCAGGGGAAAUUAUGGCAGAGCAAUGUGAAGCAGUAUACCACACUAUGUGCAAUCUUGAGUGGUACAAAUUGGAAUCAAGAAAAGAGAAAAAUCUUAUUCUAUUAAUGAUACGUGCCAAUGAACCUUUUCGUAUCACUGCGGGAAAGAUAUUUCCACUAACAAUGACCACAUUUUGCAGCCUAUUAAAAACGUCAGCUGGCUACAUAUCAUUUUUACUAGCAAAACGCUAGUUCAUGAGAAACGUAUGGUAUAUUACUUAUUCGGAAGUAA